CGUCGCACUCGGACCGGGCUUUAUUCCUUUGGUAUUCUUCGGUAUGGUUCAGCCGACUACCCUAAAGAAAAAGCAUUCCCUGGUGGGGAAAAGUUUGCUGCCGCUGUUCGCACGGUUCAAUGGUAGCCCUGAUGAGCCCAGAGAGUUGGCUAGGAUGGACAAGGAUCAACCUUUGGAGAAUCUGGAUUCCGAUGGUAUCGCCACAGCCUUCAAGAAACUCACCGGAGAAAACAUCGGAGACGUCCUUGCCGCCCUCGGCAAACAAAGUGGAGCUGGAGUGGCUUUAUUGCACCAUGCAAUUGUGCUAGCGAACGAAAUCGGCCAGCCAGUAGGGCAGCCCCUUAGGGACCCGCCCAUCACUCCACCGGGUGUUUCGGAUGAUGUAAGUGAGCCACCGAGGAAGGUGCAGAGGAUAGCGUGCCAGGCGACCGUAGCUGAUCCAGUGCAGAAGGCAAAGGCGAAGGGUAUGGACAUUUUGGGUUACGAAAUCCAGGAUUGGGAAUUCCAGAUUCCGUUUGAUCCGCAGAGAGCAGUAGCAUCCAAGCAUCUGUCGCCGCAGUGGACAACUCUGGAUGGGCGUGAACCUCGGCUUUCCACCCACCAAUGCCCGGAUUUUGAAAGCGUUAUAAAUGACGGUAUGGCGAGUCGGCGGCGUCUUUUGUCGGGCAUCGAUUUGCAGGGCAUAAACAAUCGUUUGGAUAUCUUGGAUGAGCGACACUUGAACUCCGAAAUGCGAGAUAAUGGAGGACGCUUAGGAUGUGUUCAGUUCAACAAACGUAGAGUGUCGGAGGUUGAGGAAUUGAAGGUCACGCAUUUCAAUGAGAGGAAAGAUGAUGUUGAUAAUGAAGAAAUUUUGGAAUCUUUAACAUUUGCUGAGAAAACCCUUGCAAAGAGGAUGAGUGUGAUAGAAGUUCGUGGAAAAAGCACCCGGUUGCAGAGCAACUUGAUAGAAAGGGCUAAAGUUGCUCGAGUACUGUUGGCUGUGGAAAAUGGCUCACUCAGUGCUUUCAAGGGGAAAAUUCUUGAAUCAAUUUCUACAGACGAGUUGCCAAUGCCUAUUUCUUAUAAUGAUUCUUGGGAAAAUAACGAAGAUGGUGGUGACAUGGAAACAGAUGAUGAAAUGGAACCUCAGCCUGGACCUAGUCAGUUAGACUAG